AUGACCCUUCCCAAUUCCUCCUGCAUCUUAGAAGACAAGAUGUGUCAUGGGAACAAGACUGCUAUACCCAGCCACCAGCUGAUACCCCUGGUAUUAGUCCUGAGCACCAUCUCCUUGGUCACGGUAGGUCUCAACCUGCUGGUUCUGUAUGCCAUUCGAAGUGAGCGGAAGCUCCACACUGUGGGGAACCUGUACAUCAUCAGCCUCUCAGUAGCAGACCUGAUCGUGGGAGCUGUCGUCAUGCCCAUAAAUAUCCUCUACCUCAUCAUGCGCAAGUGGUCCCUGGGCCGACCUCUCUGCCUCUUUUGGCUGUCCAUGGACUAUGUAGCUAGCACAGCAUCCAUUUUCAGCGUUUUUAUCUUGUGCAUCGACCGCUACCGCUCUGUCCAGCAGCCUCUCAGGUACUUGAGAUAUCGUACCAAGACCCGAGCAUCAGCUACCAUCAUGGGCGCCUGGUUUCUCUCCUUCAUGUGGAUUAUCCCCAUUCUAGGCUGGCAUCACUUUAUGCCAGGAAUCUCAAACUUCCAGAAGGACAAGUGUGAGACAGACUUCUAUGACGUCACAUGGUUCAAGAUCAUGACUGCCAUCAUCAACUUCUACCUGCCUACUUUGCUUAUGCUCUGGUUCUAUGCCAGGAUCUAUAAGGCUGUGCGGCAACAUUGUCAGCACCGGGAGCUCACCAACGGAUUCCUCCCCUCUUUCUCAGAAAUUAAGGUGAGGCCAGAGAAUACCAAGUUAGGUGCCAAGAAACUGGGAAAGGAUUCUUCCUGGGGAGUUCUGCAAAGGAAACCAAAAGAUGCCAGUAGUGGACCUGUCUUGAAGUCACCAUCCCAAGACCCAGAGGAGAUGAAAUCACCAGUUAUCUUCAGCCAAGAGGAGGAUGGAGAAGUGGCCAAACUCCACUGUUUCCCACUUAACAUGGUCCAGACACAGACUGCAGUGGAGGAUAGUAGCAAUAGUUUUUUAGCUAUCAACCAGAGCCAGCUUGAGAUAGAUGAGCACAGCCUGAACAUAUGUGAGACCACCAAGACAUCAGAGAACCAGACCUUAGGUGACAGCCAGUCCUUCUCCCGAACGGACUCAGACACCCCCACUGAGCCAGCAUCAGGGAAAGGCAAAUUGAGAAGUGGGUCUAGCACAGGCUUGGAUUAUAUCAAACUCACAUGGAAGAGACUUCGCUCACAUUCAAGACAGUAUAUGUUUUCGUUGCAAGCGAAUCGUGAAUGGAAGGCAGCCAGACAAUUGGGUUUUAUCAUGGCAGCCUUCAUCCUUUGCUGGAUUCCCUACUUCAUCUACUUCAUGGUCAUUGCCUUCUGCAAGAGCUGCUUCAAUGAGCAAGUACACAUGUUCACCAUCUGGCUGGGCUAUAUCAACUCCACACUGAACCCCCUCAUCUAUCCUUUGUGCAAUGAGAACUUCAAGAAGACAUUCAAGAAAAUUCUGCACAUUCGCUCCUAA